GUGAGGGAAGAAUCGUAAGGAAUGUAGAAGGGGCAGGGAGGGAGAUGUAGAAUUGGAAUGGGAGGAACGUGCCAGUAUUCGUUCACCUUGGCGCGCGUGUAAAGGUCAGAGGGAGGAGAUCGCUCGAAGGAAAAAAAACUGUUACAGUUUGUCUGUCAUCCGUGUAUCUAUCACAAAGUGUACGAACGAGAAAAAUGGGGCGCAAAUUCUUCGUCGGCGGUAACUGGAAGAUGAAUGGCACGAAGAGCGAAAUUAACGACAUCGUCGCGUUCCUGAAGACUGGACCACUCGAUGCGAAUGUCGACGUUGUGGUGGGAGUCCCUUCCAUAUAUCUCACAUAUGUGACCUCCAUCGUUCCCAGCAACGUUAGCGUCAGUGCACAGAAUACAUAUAAAGUGCCUAAAGGAGCAUUUACUGGUGAAAUUAGUCCGGCUAUGCUUCUGGACAAUGGUAUUCCCUGGGUAAUUCUUGGUCACUCAGAGCGCAGAAAUGUGUUUGGGGAAACGGACGAAUUAAUUGCAGAGAAAGUUGCACAUGCUUUGGAGGCGGGAUUAAAAGUGAUUGCAUGUAUAGGUGAGAAAUUGGAAGAACGCGAAGCAGGAAAGACAGAAGAAGUCGUUUAUAAGCAAACUAAAGCAAUAGCUGACAAAAUUAAGUCUUGGGACAAUGUGGUCUUAGCCUAUGAACCUGUAUGGGCGAUUGGUACGGGUAAAACUGCGACACCGCAGCAGGCACAAGAGGUUCACGAAAAAUUACGAGAAUGGUUGUCCAAGAAUGUCAGUCCUGAUGUCUCGCAAAACUUGCGGAUUAUCUAUGGUGGUUCUGUAACAGCGGGCAAUGCCAAGGAUCUGGCAAAAGAGAAGGAUAUCGAUGGAUUUUUGGUCGGUGGUGCAUCAUUGAAACCCGAUUUUGUACAAAUCAUUAACGCUCGUUGUUGAAUGGUUCAACGAGAGAUUGUUUUAACAAAAUUAUAUCAGAUGAGACUUUAUUCCUAUUAAGGAUAUGCAAAAAGUUGCAUAUUGUUAUAAUCUGUUGGUCAAAUAUAUAAAGUCUGUUCUGACAAAAAAUAUUGCUGUAAAGAAGAUUCAUAUCCACUUUAUCAUAUAUUUUGCAACCUCCAAUCUGCUUACAAUGUAGCUAUGUAAUAUUUUGAAAGAUCUAUAUUACAUUGUUGUUGUUGAUUACCAUUGUA